GGGCCGGUUUGUUCUCUGUCAGUCGCGUACGUCCAACCGACCUACAUCCAGAUUUGGGAAUGACACCCCGCGGCGUUUAUCUGCUGUCCUGGACUUGAAAAGCUCCGUGAAGGAUGUUGUUUUCUCCGACCCGGAGCACACGGCGAGCCCGGGCCUCCCUUCUGCUGCCCGGGCUGCUGAUCUGCGUUAUCCUCGCCGCCGUCGGUGCGAGUGUGCCGGCAAAGUGCCCUGAUCACAUAGAGUGUGCCAGAAGGGGGCGUCACUUCUGCAAGCCUGGCUCCUCCAACUGCGGCCCCUGCCUCAUCCCACUGGAGGAGGAUCAAAUGGGACAUUGUGUGGUUCGCAGUGUACGAUAUGCAGCUCAGUCCCGUGAUCCAGUGGCCCCACUUUCUGGCAUAGAUGAAGAAAUCGACUUUCUGUCCUCCGUCAUCACCAAGCAGCAGUUGUCGGAAAGCAAGCACUCAGACUCUGCACCACAGUCUCCUCCGCAAGUACAGUUGAAGCAGAAAAGUCUUCAUAAAACCACAACUGUUGAACCAAUGACCACCAGUCCUACAGCACCAACACACACUACAAACUCCUCCAACCGCCACGGGCCAGUCAUCUCCCCAAAUCCAUCCAGGGACAGCCUGCUAGUCUUGAUGAUAUCUUUAUGCAUUAUUGUGGGGGCGAUGGCACUUAUCCUUGUUACCGUCUGCUGGGUCAGAUUACAGAGAGAAACUCGUCUGGCUCAGAAGGUCGAUUAUCCGGCGUUUCAGGAAGCAGCCAACCGCAAUAAUACUUCUUCUGGGGAUAAAACCCUGGCUCACAGCGCUCAGAUGUACCACUACCAGCACCAGAAACAACAGAUGCUCUCUAUGGAGAAACAUAAAGCAGAGCCUAAAGUCUCCGAGUCUGGAGGUCAUUCAGAUGAGGAGACCGAGGAGGGAGAUUUUACUGUGUACGAAUGCCCUGGACUCGCACCGACUGGAGAGAUGGAAGUGAAAAACCCGCUGUUUGACGACUCCACCUUACAUUCCCAGAAAAAUCACAAGUGACCUGGACACACACACAAACACACAUACGCAAUGAUACUUUUACCAUAGCCUGAACACACCUAAAAACAUUCCUUCAUAGGGUGAAGCUAAUCUGUUGCACCACAUAUAUAUUCACACUGACACAAAAUAAAUGACUGUUUAUUUUUUGAGCUGACGUCCAGACCC